AUGUCGGCCUCAGACUCAGGAUCGGGACAGACCAAACGUGGUCGAGGCGUCACACGAUUGACAGAUGUGACAUCCGGAUGCGUGGAUAGGCAGAGGAGACAUGUUGACAUCGACCCCAGAUCAGAUCAUCCAUCAGGGCCAAAUGUUGAUAGGCUUAGGAGUUAUCUGGGUAAUGUGUCAUCUCAAAAUGCUAUGAUCCCUCCGAGAGGUUGGAACUCCUACGAUGCAUUUAGCUGGGUGAUUUCCGAAGAAGAAUUCUUACAGAAUGCAAAUAUAGUUUCUCAGAAGUUACUUUGUCAUGGAUAUGAGUAUGCUGUUGUGGAUUUCCUCUGGUACAGGAGUCUGAAGGGUGACAAAAAUUCUAUUGAUUUUGAUAUGAUUGAUGAAUGGGGAAGAAUGCUCCCUGACACUGAAAGAUGGCCUUCUUCGGGAGGAAGAAGAGGGUUCACUGAUGUAGCUAACAAAGUGCAUAAUAUGAGUUUGAAGUUUGGGAUUCAUCUUAUGGCUGGAAUCAGUACACAGGCAUUCAAUCAUAACACGCCAAUACUAGAUACAACUACGGGACAACCUUACAUGGAAUCUGGUCGAGUGUGGUACGCGAAAGACAUUGGAAUCCCAUCAAGGGCUUGUAGAUGGAUGAAUAAUGGUUUCAUGGCUAUAAACACAACAGGAGCUGGAAAAGCCUUCCUAAGAUCAAUUUAUGAGUUAUAUGCUUCUUGGGGAGUUGAUUUUGUGAAACUAGAUUGUGUAUUUGGUGAGGACCUGGAUUUGGGUGAGAUAACAUAUGUAUCAGAGAUUCUGAAUGGCCUUAACAAUUCCAUUGCAUUUUCUUUGUCUCCUGGAGUCAGUGCAACACCAGAAAUGGCUAAGAUGGUUAGUGGUCUAGUUAACAUGUACCGUGUAACAAAAGAUGACUGGGAUAAAUGGCCAGCAAUCUUAUCUCAUUUUAAUGUAUCAAGAGACUUUGCCGCAUCUAAUUUAACAGGAGCACAAGGUUUAAAGGGACAAUCUUGGCCUGAUUUGGACAUGCUACCAUUUGGAUGGCUAACUGAUCCAGACGCUCAUGAAGGUCCACACAGGUUUACUAACCUUACUCAAGAUGAGCAAAGAACUCAGAUGACUUUGUGGUGUAUGGCAAAGUCUCCCAUUAUGUAUGGAGGGGAUCUACGGAACAUUGAUCCACAGACCUAUGAUCUUAUCACAAAUCCUACCCUUCUGGAGAUAAACUCUUUUAGCUCAAACAAUCAGGAGUUUCCUCAUAUCACAACAUUAGAUGGUGCC